AUUCACUCUGUCUUGUCUCCCACAGUACACACAACAUGGAAAUGCAAUUAUUUUAGUAAAUAUAAACUGCUAAAUACCUUUUUCCUUCUAUCAGUGUUCAGCGGAGCACUGGUUAAAGCUUGUAGAGGAGUAUACUUUCUGCUGAAGAAGGAUGCAGAACCCCUAACCUCUUUCCGGAUAGUGCUGAUUGGCCUUGUGCUGAUCACAUGCACUCUCCCAAAAAAAAAAAAUCCCCUAGCAAUACACACCAAACUGAGCAUGUGCAGAGUCUCCACAUGAUAUGUCCUAUCAGGAGAUAAGAGGGGGACACUGGAAGAAGGGGAGGAUCAGAGACGUCAUGAUCAAACAGCAUUUUUACAAAAUGCAGUGGAGUAACUCCUUAGACUCCACAGUAGUACAAGUAGAACAAGCAUGUUUUACUGCAUAUACAGACUGAUUUUACUGUUGUGGGUUUAG